GUUCACCGAAAUCACCACCAACCAAAAAAGUUUUUGUGUUCAAAACAAAAGUAAAUAGUUAAAUACCUACGAGUACUACCCAGUUAUUUUAAUCCUAUGACAAAUAAAGAAAAAGUAAACUAACCGACAUAAUUAUCGAAUUUGCUCAGUUUGUUUCUCGGAAUGUCGCGGGAUCCGGAGAGAUAUGAAGGAGAUGAGGAGUGUCCUAGCGAAGCCGGCUCUUUGGGCAAUCUGUACGCCAACCAUGAAAUAGAAGAGGAUCGUCCUAGCGAAGCCGGCUCUUUGGGCAAUCUGUACGCCAACCAUGAAAUAGACGAGGAUCGUCCUAGCGAAGCCGACUCUUUGAAAACUCUGUACGCCGACCAUGAAAUAGACGAAGAUUAUCCUAGCGAAGCCGGCUCUUUGGAAAGUCUGUACGCCGACCAUGAAAUAGAAGAGGAUCGUCCUAGCGAAGCCGGGUCUUUGGGAACUCUGUACGCCGACCAUGAAAUAGAUGAGGAUCUGGUGAUAGGCCCCGUGGAAAUAUGGAAGCCGAAAGUUACAUUAAAAUUUAUUGGUACUAAAACUAAGCCUGAGGAACCUGUAAAAACAUUUGAGGUAAUCAAACCACCAUAUACAUGCGAAAUGUGUAAAAUUGGAAACAUCAAGCAUUAUAGCUGCGCCCUGUGUGAAAAACUAAUCUUCGCCAGAGUUGCUAUGAUUGGACACUUGCGAAAACACAGUAGACCAAAAAACAUAUGCAAAUUAUGUGAUAAAGGCUUCAAAUAUGCAUCUGGCUUAGAAAGACAUAUAAUAACACAUUCUAACGAUCUGCGAACACCUGAAAUACCAAAUCACUUAGCCAAAUUUUGCAAUAGAGAGUUUAAAUCUUCAUUGGGCUUAGAAGAACACAUGAUAGCACAUUCUAACGAUGUACUAAAACCUAAAGGACCAAAUCACUUAUGCAAAUUAUGCAAUAAAGAGUUUAAAUCUGCAUUGGGCUUAGAAAAACAUAUAAUACGACAUUCUAACGAUCAUCCUUUCCCUUGCAACAUCUGUAAGAAGAGAUACAAUAGAAAAAGUACAUUAAUUGCACAUAAGUAUACGCAUGAGAAUAAAAAACCAUACAAGUGUGAACACUGCACAAAGAGCUUCGCUUUUAAAGGCCAGUUGCAAGCACAUUUAAGAUUACACACCGGGGAAAAACCAUACAAGUGCGAGCUAUGUUCUAAAGAGUUUACGCAGCAGACAUCUUUGAAUAAUCAUACUUUGAAGCACAAAGGCAUUAAACCUCACUGUUGUGAGUUCUGUCAAGAGCAGUUCAGACAGGUUAGCAAUUUGAAUAAACAUCUAGAAACUAAACAUUCAGAUGAAAAGACUGAUAUUCAUAUUCCUAAAGAAAAGGAGAUGAAACGUGGAAAUGCAAAAGUUCAGAAGGAAAAGAAAGAGAAGGAGAACAUUGUUAUAAGUUUUUUUUUCUAAAUACACUUUGUUAUAUGGAGUUUUAGAACAACCAAACAAUCUCACGUAUAUUGUUUAAUAUUUAGUUUUGUUUAGGAACUUAGUCGGUUAAAAUUCGUAAACGACCUACAUAGUAUUAAUAGAAUAGUCUAAGGAUGGUCUGAAUAAAAUUAUAG